GAAGGCUGGAGAGGAUUUUUCAGAGUUUCAGAGGCAGUAAAUCCUCUUUUCAUAGCAGUCUGUGAUCAGAACCCGUUUCCUGUUCAGAUGAAAGGCUUCCUGUUCAGGAUGAUGUCGUGCUUGUUGACCAUUAGUUUGACAGCAUCGAGUCCUGGAAGUGUCACAAUAACUUUAUUCUAAGGACGGAGCCUGUUUGCGCGUUUGGAUCCAGAACUUCUCCUGGCUUUCAUGUUCCUCCCCGUCCAGCCCGGGCUCAGAUAGCAACACUUUGACCAGGUUUGCAUCUGGAAGCGUCAUCCGGGCCAUCAUCAGACCUAAUCCGUCUGCGUCCUGCAGGAUAAUCUGCAGAGGUCCUGCUGCGGGGAGGCGGAUGACCGGGCAUGGAGAUGUUGCGCCGCUCCUCUGUGUUUGCGGCUGAAGUGUUUGACAGAUCUCCCACCGACAAGGAGCUGGUGUCCCAGGCCAAAGCUCUGUGCAGGGACUACAUCCACUCCAGGCUGAACCGGGCCGGGAUCGGCUGGUCCAAACCCGAACACGGACUGGCUGCAUCAGGUGGGACUCUGGGGGAGAUCUCGUCGGUCCUGCUGUGGCUGGGUGAUGAGUUGGAGUACCUUCGUCCCAACGUGUAUCGUAACGUGGCCCGACAGCUGAACAUCACGGUAGCGUCAGAGAGCAUCGUGUCCGACGCCUUCCUGGCUGUCGCCGCGGACAUUUUCUCCACAGGUGUGACAUGGGGGAAGGUGGUUUCCUUGUACGCUGUGGCCGGAGCUCUGGCCGUGGACUGUGUUCGCCACGGUCACCCCGCCAUGGUCCAUACCAUUGUGGACUGCAUGGGGGAGUUUGUCCGCAAGAGUCUGACCUCGUGGUUGAAAAAGAGAGGGGGCUGGGCAGACGUGACCAAAUGUGUGGUGAACACUGAUCCCAGCUUCCGCUCUCACUGGCUGGUGUCUGCUGUCUGCGCCUUUGGACAUUACCUGAAGGCCGUCGUGUUGUACCUCCUCAGGGAGAAGUGACAGUCGUACACUGGACUGGGCAGACGGACCUGCACUGCACACCAGCACCACUAAAGCAUCCACUGCUUUGGAUUAUGUUUACACUCAUUUGCACUGAGCCUUCAUUGAUGAACACGUCUUCAUUCACAGAGAACAAACUCUCCUUGCUUCUUUUUCUUCUAUUUAUAGUUAUAUGUGGCACACAUAUAAAACCACAUUCUGUGCAUUCACUGCUGCCUGUCUGGCGGUGAUCUGGCGGUCUCUAGUGGUGACUAGUGGUAACUACUGUACAUUUAAAGGUCCCAUAUUGAAAAUCCAUUUUAUUUGUGUUUUUUGUGUCUUAAUAACCUGGAGGUGUAAAAUAAAAGCUGUGAGACUAUGAAAUCGCUUACUGCUGCUAUUCCCCCCUCGACUAGACGACCUCCCUGUUUUACUCAGUUACUGUGUAGAAACUGAGGAACUGAAAGUUGUUGAGCUAACAAUGUGUAUAAUCCUGCCUCCUUUCAGAACGAUCUGCCUCAGUCCACUGUGCUUAUUUACUUUCUAGAGGUGCUUCUGCCAACUCUCAAACAUCUCAGCCACCAGCAAAACACACCAAAUGUUCUGCUGUUGGCUGCAAGAGUGAACACAAGAGUCUUCAUGCACUCCCAGCAUCUUCUGAUUCAGAUUCAGAUUUGCUUUAUUGUCAUUGCAACGCGUACAGCGAAAAGUAAGGUGCAGGCCUUUCAGUGCAAAAAACCCAACUUUGUAAACAGCUAUUUAUAACAUAAUAUAUAUAUUACAUUUUUUUAUAAAUAAGAUGAAAUUAAAUAAUAAACACAAGCACAGUGUAUGUUGCACAGAGGUAGUGGCAGUUGCAUAUUUACAAUAUAUUACACUUAUUAUGAUAAAGAGGCAUUGUUGGCUCUGACAGCAGUUGGAGAGAAGCUGUGUUUCAGUCUAUUAGUCCUGGUUUUGAUGGCCCUGUACCGUAUCUUUGGAAUUGAAGGUCUUGUGGAUUACUUUUAUUUUUGAUGGCCUUGUUUCCACAACAGUAGAAAAAUAAUUUGUCUUAGCACAUCGUUUGGCUAAUGUUACCCUUAGCUGUGAUAGUACAACCACAGGUCAGAGCUCUGAAACCUUUAAGAGCAAUUUAAAACCAUUAAACAAGGACUGGGUGGGUUAUUGUGGUUUCAUGUUGCCUGUAGUGCUUCAGUGAAACUCAGCUGCCGUUUACAUCUGUUAGCUUCUCUCCUGCUCUCUGUGCUCACAUAUGCUGUAUUUUAAGUACAGCAGAACUCCCAAUGAAGCUGUUCUAAAUUACAUAUUUUUCUGUUCAUUGAAUGAAAGGCCGCCUAUUAAGGCAACACGUUAACCAGCUGUCACCUCAGAGUCAGUUCCAAUCUGCGGCUCUGUGCCAGUAAAAUACUGACUUCAUAACAUCAUCCGACCAAAACAACACUACACGAGUUUAUGUGAAUUUGAUAUUGUUUUUUAAAAUGAUGACACAGAGAGAAAGUCUGAAGACAGUCCGAUUCUCACACACUCUUGGUCUGUUGUUGUGCUUGUACUAGAGUCUUCUUCCUAAAGGGGGCAGCAGCAGCUAAGAUGCGUUUAAAGGUACAGACACAGAUGGAGCUAAAACCAGGAGUCACACCGUCACGGUGACAUUAACCUUCUUUGCACAUUCUCAGGACAUGUGAGACUUUUAGUAAUUUUCUGAAAAGCAGCACAAUGUGGGACCUUUAAAAGUCAGCUGAGAACAUUCCUCAGGAUUCUGAGGCAUCCUAUGAGGGCUCGAGGUGCUAACGUGCCUCCUCACUUUCCUCACUCUUCCUUCUUAGCUCCUCCAAUGAGGACGUGAGGAAGGAAACACUUGUGUCUUCUAUAAGCUCCUCCAGAAGCCUCCUUACUCCUCGUCUCCUUGAGGUGCACUUAGGGGAAUUGGAAGAUCCUCGUGGCAUCAGAGGCGGAGCAAUUAUUCAGGAUGCCAGAGGAUGUGAGGAAACACAAAUUAGCAUAAUGAGCACUCUUGGUAUUAACCUGGAUGUUCUUUAGAGCCCAACUGAGUAAAAUACACCACGUUUUCCUCUAACUGAGAGACUGUACAAACACCAUUAGCCGGUGAGGUUCAGAAAACAGGAAGGUUUCUGAACAGGACAACAGUCAUAAAUUACAUCAUCUAAUUUAUUUAUGCUUUUUCUCUUUUACUUAUCAACAGUGGAGACAGUUGUACCCACUCAGUGCUCCUAAUCCGUGUUUGGAUAAUAGUGGAGAGUUGAGUUUUUCCAAGUGAAGUGGAAAAAAUAUUCUCAGAUGAUAAAGACUGACGCGCUUCACUGAGCUAACACUUCAUGUACACUCCCUAAUCAGUCAUUUAAUGCCGCUUUCCUCCCUCCUCAUUGUCUGCUGUGAGGCUGUGUGUCACGUUACUGCACUGCCAUGGCAGCAAUUCAAGCUGCAGCAUGUUUUCCUUCGAGCACUUUGACAACAUUUCAGUUCAUGAGCAGAAUUUAUUCCACGAAUGAUUUCACUUUUAUACGGCAUGUAGCACGAGAAACAAAAUGAGUAAAUGUUUGCGAGUCGUCCGCAACUGUAAAUAUUAAUAAAUGGUUCUUAAGACAACCUGUCGAGUGUGUGUUUGUGAACAGCAGGUAAGAGAUUCAUUAGAAAGCGGCGCAGUGUGGAACAUUUUGCUGCAAAUAAAAUCCUGGAUUUGGGUUUA